UGUGGGAAAAUUUGUAGGUAGUUAAGUUCUACAUUGUUUUUUUUUAUUAUAUUAUUCCAAUUGAAAAAGUAUUCUAGAAUAAAAAAUCAAAGUUGCUAUAAAUAUAAUUUAAUUUAAAAGUCAUUCGACUUGAUAGAUAUUUUUAAAAUCUUCAAGUUAAAUUUCAAAUCGUUCAAAUUUUUUGUAUUUGUUUGUAAAAACGUAAAAAGAGAAUUAAAUAUUAAUGGCUACUAUGUUGGAUUUAGAGAGUAAAUUAAAUCAGAUAGCUUUAGAAGAAGAAGAUAAUCAAAAAGUGAAAUGGGACCUACCGUUAAAAGAAUUAUAUAAGUUGGCUUUAGCUUUUUAUAAAGAAAAAUCUGGGAAAGCUAUACAUCUGUCUUAUGAAGAUAAUUUAAAAUUAAUAGCUUUUACUCAACAAGCUGCUCAUGGACAAUUUGAUCCUAAUACCGCCCCCCAAUUGGGAGUUUUAGAUGUUAUUGGAAGAGAUCGGCGAUUAGCUUGGCAAAGUUUAGGUUUAGUUUCUAAAACAGAGGCACAAGAGAGUUUUAUUGAUAUGUUAGAUAGACUUUGUCCAACUUUAAGACCUUACAUUGAAGCGAUAAAAAAAGAUAAAGAAGAAAAAUUGAGAAAAGAACUGGAAGAAAAACAAAAGGCUCAAGAACUUUUAGAACAAGAGAAGAAAUUGCAAGAAGAGAAAAAAGAAUUUGAAGAACAAUGUUAUAAGGAAGAAAUGCAGAAGCGACAGUUACAAGAUGCUUUAAAUCAACAAACUUUUAAUCAAUUCAAGACUUAUGCCGAAAAACAAUAUCCCGGUAAUCCUGAACAACAAGGUAUAUUAAUAAGGCAAUUACAAAAUGAACAUUAUCACCAAUAUAUGCAACAGUUACAUGCACAAAUAAAAUUUACAAAUGCAUCGAAUAGCGAUAACCAAUCCGAAAGUCCUAUUGAUAUGGAUAAUUGUGUAGAUAUUGCUGAAAAAGAUUCAAGUAUUUUAAAAGAUGAAGCUGACGGUAAAGAAGAUGAUUGUGCUGAUGAUUCUGGUGAAUACUUAAUAAUAAGUCCAGCUAGAAUGUGGACUAGACCAGACAUUAAAAAUUUCAAACAAGAUGUUGCCGCUGGAUCUGGAGAAGGAGUAAUACACGUAGGGCAUGGAGAUACAGUGACGGUUCGUGUUCCAACACAUGAAGGGGGAACUUGCAUAUUUUGGGAAUUUGCUACUGAUAGUUAUGAUAUUGGUUUUGGUGUUUAUUUUGAAUGGACUAAACCCGUAUCAAAUGAAGUUACGGUUCAUAUCAGCGAAAGUGAUGACGAAGAUGAAUUUUAUGAAGAUGAUGAUGACGAAUUCGGUGGCGGUGAUUUGGAAUGUGGUCCAGUACAAACUCGUGCAUCAAUAUCACCAAAUCGACCACCUAUAUCUAUUAUAGUACCAGUUUAUCGACGUGAAUGUCAAAAUGAAAUUUAUGUUGGAUCGCAUCAAUAUCCUGGAGAAGGAAUAUAUUUAUUAAAAUUUGACAAUUCAUAUAGCAUUUGGAGAAGUAAAACACUUUAUUAUCGUGUUUAUUAUGAACGUUUGGACGAAAUUGAGAAUUAAUUAAUUAAUUUUUGAAAAAAUAUUUUUUUGUUUUUCAACAAAGUUACAAGAAAAUUUUAAUGUGGUAUGAGUAAAAAGAUUCUUUUUUGAGAAAUGGCACCAUUAAAUUCAUAAUUUGGUUUAAUAAAACUUUUAUUAAUUCAAAUACAAGAGCAGAAAUCAAAUUUUGAA